GUCCCCACCGAUGGAGUUUCCAACGUCCGAGCUCGACGAUGUGAAUAUGGAUGAUAGCACGACGCUGAACAACACAGCCGAACAAUCCAUGGCAGACGCGCCGAACGCUCAAUCUCUUUUCUUACCUGGCACGCCGUCCAUUGCCGGGACACCAGCACGUUCACAAGGCGGAGGAUCAGCGGUGGCGGCGCGGCGAGCAUUGGGAAUGAGUACACCGAAGAGGACGCCUCUUUUUGCUGCCGGAGGCAGUUCAUCACCUUUACCGUUCCCUAGCUCAACUCCAGCGAAGAGAACACCGAAUAGAAAGAGCAACCUUACUGCGAAUAGCCCCAGAUCUGCCAUUGAUUCUGAACCACUGGAUUUCCCCACGAGCCCGACUGUACUUGCCACUCCGCCGCGAAACCGUCGAGGUGAUAUCCAUUCUACCCUUGCUGUAACACCUUCAAGUAGGCGCCAUGUUGCAACGACGAAACGAGGCGCAGGCGACAACCUGAACUCAGACGGUACUCGAUUAUCCAUGCCUACCUCCUCUGCACCCCAGCUCUCUGCUGUUCCACUUCCAUCCGAUGAACCAGAUGAGAUCCGAGCGAUAUGGGGCACGACAGUUAACCUCGGGGAGACCAUGAAGCUGUUCCGCGACUUUCUGCAAGGGUUCAAACCCAAGUAUCGCAUCGCACACGACCGGGAGAACGGGCUGCGCACCAAACCCCUGGCCUCUCCUGAUGAGGGCGAGAUUCUGCUCUACGAGGUGUAUCUGCGUAGGAUGCGGCAGACAGGAGAGACGAACCUGAACUUGGACAUGGUCAACCUGCUGGCGUAUCCGCCCUCGAAAAAGUUGCAUUCUCAACUAACGAAAUACCCGCAGGAAGUUAUCCCGGCGAUGGAUCAGGUGCUCAAAGAUCUGAUGCUGGAGGUAGCAGCUAUUGACGUGGAAACGGGCGCCGAAGGUAUGGUAGGCGAAGAAGGUGAGGCUGAGAUCGCCGACAUCAUGGCGAAGAUAUACAAAGUGAGGCCAUUUGGCUUGCCUGCCGUCAAUAUGCGCGACCUUAACCCCAGCGACACGGACAAGCUGGUAUGCAUCAAAGGCCUUGUCAUCCGCGCUACGCCCGUGAUUCCCGACAUGAAAGUCGCGUUCUUCCGCUGCCUCACCUGCUCGCACACCGUCCAGGUCGAGAUCGACCGGGGCAAGAUCGACGAGCCCGCGCGAUGUCCACGCGAAGUCUGCGGCUCCGUCGGCACCAUGUCCCUCGUGCACAACCGGUGCGAGUUCGCGGACAGGCAGGUCAUCCGGCUGCAGGAGACACCCGAUGCUGUCCCUGACGGGCAGACUCCUCACACCGUGUCCUUGAGCGUCUACGAUGAACUCGUGGACGUAUCGAAACCUGGCGAUCGACUAGUUGUCAAUGGUAUAUUCCGGAGCGUGCCCGUGCGGGUUAACGCGAGGACGCGAACUAUCAAGAGUCUGUUUAAGACGUACAUCGACGUGGUUCAUAUCAGGAUCGGGAGUGAGGGCCGUCUUGGCGUAGACAAGUCCACUCGUUCCGCUAUUACCGACCGUAUUCCCGGUAUCGGGGGUGUGGGUGGUGGAGAAGAGGAGGAGGAAGACGGCGGAACCGAGAAAAUGAGGAAAGCAGAGCUAGAGGAUAAGCUCAGACAACUCAGCCAGCGGCCAGAUAUUUAUGAUUAUCUGGCACGAUCUCUGGCACCGUCGAUCUGGGCUAUGGACGAUGUGAAGAAGGGUAUCUUGCUGAUGCUGUUCGGCGGAACUAAUAAGAGCAUUGCACGGGGCGGAGGUGGUGGCGGCCCGAGGUAUCGAGGAGAUAUCAACGUCUUGCUCGUUGGCGACCCGGGUACGAGUAAGUCGCAGAUACUGCAUUACGUGCACGAAAUCGCUCCUCGAGGAGUCUACACUUCUGGCAAGGGAUCGUCGGCUGUCGGUCUAACAGCCUACGUGACUCGCGACCCAGACUCCAAGCAGCUUGUGUUGGAGAGCGGUGCACUUGUCUUGAGUGAUGGCGGUGUUUGUUGCAUCGAUGAAUUCGACAAGAUGUCGGACGCUACGCGCAGUGUCCUACAUGAAGUCAUGGAACAACAAACUGUGUCCGUAGCCAAAGCGGGAAUUAUCACGACUUUGAACGCUCGAACAUCCAUACUGGCGGCCGCGAACCCAGUUGGUUCCAAGUAUGACGACAAGUUACCAAUCACACGGAAUAUCGACUUGCCGCCCACUUUAAUAUCACGGUUCGACUUACUGUACCUGGUCUUGGAUAAGGUCGAUGAAGCGACCGACCGGAAGCUUGCUCAGCAUCUGGUCGCACUAUACCUGGAAGACAGACCAGAAACUGGAGGGCAGGAUAUCCUCCCCUUGGACCAACUGUCUGCGUAUAUUACGUAUGCUCGAUCCCGUAUACAGCCAGUCAUUACAGAAGACGCGUCGCGCGAGUUGGUACGUUCAUACGUCGAAAUGCGCAAAGCAGGCGAAGACCCCCGCUCCAGCGAGAAGCGAAUCACUGCGACGACGCGACAACUCGAGAGCAUGAUUCGCCUGUCGGAGGCUCACGCACGCAUGCGUUUCUCCUCGUUUGUGGAGCUGGAAGACGUGAAGGAGGCAUACCGCUUGAUGCGCGAGGCCCUGCGGACGUCUGCCAUGGACCCGAGAACAGGCAAGAUCGACUUGAGCCUUAUUGACACCGGGAUAGGUCAGCAACAAAGAAGGGUAAGGGGCGACAUGAGGAAGGAGAUCUUGAACCUGUUGGAAGGUGGUAACACGCGAGGCAUUAAGUGGUCAGAUGCUGUGAAGAGACUCGAGAGUCAAAGCAGCAUCCGGGUCGACACACAAGAGUUUACCGCAGUGAUACAGGAACUGGAGCGGGAGGGCAUGGUCAAGGUAGUGGGAGAGCGGGACCGCAGAGUACUCAGGCGAAUAGAAGGAGCGUAAUGUGGUAUAUUGUCUGUGACCUAAUGCAGGUGCCCUCGGUCUUGUCAUGUACUCAUCGAUGCUGUAUAACAAUGUGGUCCGUUUGAUACUCCGGAACUCGUCUCCUCUUCAUGCUC